GAUAUUAUUCCGUACUCGAGAGAUAAGCUGAUUGCCAUUAUUGAUGAUAUUGUGUAUAAUGAAGAUAAAUAAUAUUGUAUCUGUUUUUAAGGAUUACUUGAUCUAUGAUGAUAUUGGUGACUUCUUAAAUAGGAUGUAUACUAUGGAAGAGACUCUCCCCAGGCUUAAUAGAGUGACAAGGUAUUAUGCAAAAUUGGGAAAUCCGUUGCCUUCAAUGGCUGCCCUAGAAGAACAAAAAUUUAUAACUAAAUAACAAGAGGAGGAAGCAUAGAAAACUCCAAGACCGCCUAGAAGCUCUCGAAAAAGUCAAGGAUAGAGAAAACGACAAUUUUUCAGUGGAAUUAGAUAGUUUUGAGAAUAACAAGGUCUUUGACACUCAGAUGGUAGAAAGGAUUUUAAAUGAGACUCCAUGCGAAACCAUUGAUAAUGAUUUAAAAAAUUUUGGACUCAAUAUUGUCUCUUCAAUGCAAUCAUAUGAACAAAAUAGCAAGAUUCUGAAUAAUACAAAAACCGGCUCAGAAAUCUAUGACCUUGAUGUGCUCAAAAAUAUCCAAAAUACUGAAGGAACAAACUCCUUUGAAAAGCUAGUUCAGGAGUUUGCUGAAAAUUAUACUGAUCCUGAACUCUCUUCUGAGAUCAUUAAAAGACCGAAAACAGAGAAUUCUUCUAAAGAAAAUAUUAUAAAAAUAUCAGGAAGCAACUAUCUAGAAUUCGACAGUAACAUUAGCAUCAUACAAGAAGAUGAUAAACGAACAAGCAACAGAAAUCCUUCUCGAGGAGAAUCCAAAAAUAAGAAGAACCAAAAAAAAGUGUGUAAAAGGAACAUCCAACUCAGUGGGUAUGCCAAUACCAAACCAAGCGUCACAAGCCAUUCUAGACGCACUACUGAUUCGGUUAAAAUUGAAGACCUGAUCAAGGCAAGUAGAAGUAACAUAUACGGCUCAAAGUCUAUAAAAUAAGAUAAAAGACAUCCCUCAAAAGGACCUCAAAUUUCCAGAUUCCUCCUCUAAAAGAGUGAUCAGCUACGACAAGAAGAAGUACUUUACGAAAAAAGUACAUAAAUCAAAAACUGACAAGCAAUGAAAAUAAACUUAGCAUGAAAUUCCCUCGUCAAAAAGAUUUAGGAGACUGAGAUCCUUUACUAGAGUCUAAAUUCACCAUAAUGAGUACAUCUGCAAGAUCAAAACAUAAAUAUCCAAAAACUGAGAACAAGAAUAGAAGGAAAAAUAGAAACCGAAUAGGCAGUCUUGAUGGAUUCAAACACAAAAUCUCUCUAUCAAAAAGUAGGGGAAAGGAUUCCAGGCAGCCUAUUAAAGUCUCAAAAGGCCGUAAAGCACCUGGGAGGCUUAGUAAAGCUGCCUCCUUAGUGUCCCUUUUCGGGACCCAUAAUAACUCGCAACCUGAUUCUUUGAUAAAAACUCUGAAAAGGCCCAGAGUUAAAGUAGAUAUAAGGUCUGGUGGAAGAAAGAGUGCUUCAAAUCUUCAAAAGAACUCUACCCAUUACAACCUCCGAAUGUCAAGCAUCAACGAUCUCAAGGAAUACCUCACCUUAACAAAGAUUGGCACUCCCAUAAGGAAGCCCUCUAAACAAAAAGAGAGGCAGUUGAAGCAAAAAGCCAAAAGCAAGGUUUCUGAAUAUAAAGAAGUUAAAACCAAAGUACUUAAUAUUCCUACCAUCAAGAUCACUGGGUUAAAAGAGCUAGUCAAUAAUCAACCAAAGGAGGUAGUCAAAAUUUCAGAUGAUUACACUAAUAACUUUCUUAAAGACACUCUUAAGAACCCUCAGGUUGAUAAUAAACAUGUGCUAAAAGUGAGUAAUGUUGAUGGGUCUCAAGAAAAGACUAUUAUUGAUUUCAUCAAUAAUAAAAGUAACGAAAUACAUUGUAUAAACAACUCCUCACAAGAUCAAACAUCUUUCGAGCCCUCUGUAGCAGAUGAAGUUGAGUAUGACCCAGUUAAAGAUGUUAGCUGAGAAGAUUACUCAGUUCAUUUAACUGAUAUGAAAAUUAACGAAAGAUUUAAUGAAUGCAAGAUAAAUUUGGUAAAGCAAAUACAACCCAAUAAUUUUGGCUCCUCUGCUUUCAGAUCAGACAGCAAAAGGAAAUGUAAUUACUCUACUCUUUCAAAGAAUAGUAAUAAUAAAAAUUUAACUACAAGGACUUCAAGCCAGUCCAUAAUCUCAAAAGUUAGGAAAUCACCAACUCCAAAAGUUUUGCAGUCAACUAUUAACUUGAGGGCUUUCAGAAGAUCUCAGAUAGACUCUUCAGACCAGCAAGGGUUGUUUCUUCAAAACAAGCCGUUUGUUUCAAAAUCUGGGAUAAAAAGUAGCCUAGAAGUAGCUCCCACACUCAAAGCCAUUGCUUCUGCAAGGACCAGAACAUUUAUAAAUAAAUUUAACUGAUAG